CCUUCGAUCUCUACGAUAAUUUACAUCGUGAAAGUACCAAGUACAACAAAGCAGAGCACAUACAUUGAAGAAAAGAUAAGAUGGCCGACGCACUCAAAAAGGUCUUUGCCGAUCGAAAGGCACAGGGCGAACCCGCCUUCGUAACCUUCCUAACAGCAGGCUACCCCACCCGCACCUCUACAGUGCCCGCGAUGCUCGGGAUGGAGAGAGGCGGGGCGGACGUGAUCGAAUUGGGGGUGCCGUUUAGCGAUCCGAUUGCCGAUGGACGGGCUAUUCAGGAGGCUAAUACCGCCGCCCUCCGUAACAACAUAACCUACUCCGACUGCCUCUCCUUCGUCCGCGAAGCCCGGUCCCAAGGCCUCAAAGCCCCCGUCCUCUUGAUGGGGUACUACAACCCCUUACUUUCUCACGGCGAGGGAGAAGAACAGGCUGUUAGGGAUGCUAAAGACGCUGGAGCGAACGGGUUUAUCGUGGUGGAUUUACCUCCUGAGGAAGCUAUUAGGUUCAGGGGGGUUUGUACUGGGGAAGGCGUGUCGUACGUGCCUCUGGUAGCGCCUUCGACGAGUAUCGGACGGGUCAAGUUUUUGGCCUCGAUUGCCGAUUCGUUCAUCUACGUCGUCUCCAAGAUGGGAACGACCGGAUCGACCCGAGAUUCCGACAUGUCCACCGGUCUCCCCGAGCUGAUCGCCAGGAUCAAGGCGUUCACGCCCGUCCCCCUCGCCGUCGGAUUCGGAGUGGCCACGAGGACGCAUUACGAAGCCGUCACCGCUUCCGGUGCCGAUGGGGUCGUCAUCGGUUCCCGUGUCAUCGCUGUCAUCAAGGACGCCAAGUCCGAGGAAGAUAUCCCCAAGGACCUCGAAGCGUACUGCAGGGAGGUCUCCAAGAGGGAGCCCCUCGUACCGGGGACCAACGCCGAGGCCCACAAGGUCGAGGACGUCCCCUCCGCCCUGCCCAUCCCGGCCUCGGACCCGUUGUCCAAGAUCCAACCUACCGAACAGGCACAGGAAGAGGCCGCGACGACCCUCCCCGCCCGAUUCGGAGCUUUCGGAGGCGCCUACGUUCCCGAAUCCCUGGUCGACUCGUUGAGCGAGUUGGAACAGGCUCACAAGAGCGCCCUGGCCGACCCGUCGUUCUGGAAAGAGUUUGAAGGGAUGUACGGAUACAUGAACAGGCCUAGCAAUUUGUACUUGGCCGAGAGGUUGACCGAGCACGCGGGGGGUGCCAAGAUCUGGAUGAAGCGAGAAGACUUGAACCACACCGGCUCGCACAAGAUCAACAACGCCAUCGGCCAGAUCUUGCUCGCCAAGCGACUCGGCAAGACCAAGAUUAUCGCCGAGACGGGUGCUGGGCAGCACGGUGUCGCCACUGCUACCGCCUGUGCCAGGUUCGGAAUGGAGUGCAUCGUCUACAUGGGUGCCGAGGAUGUCAGGAGGCAGGCGUUGAACGUGUUCAGGAUCAGGAUGUUGGGAGGAAAGGUCGUCCCCGUCACUUCCGGCUCGCAGACGCUCAAGGACGCCAUCAACGAGGCCAUGCGUGAAUGGGUGACCAACUUGAAGACGACCCACUACUGCGUCGGAUCCGCCAUCGGUCCCCACCCUUUCCCCACCAUCGUCCGUGAUUUCCAACGAGUCAUCGGAAGGGAGAUCAAGCAGCAGAUGGCCGAGAAGAUCGGCAAGCUCCCCGACGCCGUCAUCGCCUGUGUCGGAGGUGGAAGUAACGCCAUCGGAACGUUCUACGACUUUAUCGAGGAGAAGAACGUUCGCUUGAUCGGUGUCGAGGCCGGUGGUGAUGGUGUCGAGACCGCUCGUCACUCUGCAACUUUGGCGCUCGGAAAGCCUGGUGUUCUGCACGGAGUAAGAACUUACCUCUUGCAAUCGCCUUCGGGUCAGAUCAUGGAGACCCACUCCAUCUCGGCCGGUCUCGACUACCCUGGAGUCGGUCCCGAGCACGCCUGGUUGAAGGACUCUGGUCGAGCCGAAUACAUCGUCGCCAACGACGAGGAAGCCCUCCGUGGAUUCCGUCUAUGCACCCAGCUCGAGGGUAUCAUUCCCGCCCUCGAGUCGUCUCACGCUAUUUGGGGAACCGUGCAGAUCGCCAAGACCCUGCCAAAAGACGCUAACGUCGUCAUGUGCCUCUCUGGUCGAGGCGACAAGGACGUCGAACAGAUCGCCGACGCUCUGCCCGGCAAGUGGGCCGAAAAGCUCGACUGGCACAUCGUAUGAGGGGUCGCGGUGCGCUCCUCUUUCCAGUCUGAUGAUCACGACACAUUCUCUUGUAUAACAAAAAGCAAAAACACCUAGAUCCAUGACGAGCAUUACAGGGCAUGACUGACCGAGAGACAAGACACGUUCUGAUCAAGGUGUACUGCCGCCGUCGCUGGCACUGCCGCCCAUAUCGCCUCCUUUGC